AUGGUAUAUGGAGGACUAAAUGGCUAUUGGACCAACUGGUUAUUAGAUGAAAUGGAAGAGGAGGAAGAAAUCAAGCUGGAAAUUAACGUGCUGAAAAAGUACUCCCACCAUAGGAAUAUUGCAACAUACUAUGGGGCAUUCAUCAAGAAAGGGGUCAAAGGUCAUGAUGAUCAGUUAUGGCUUGUGAUGGAGUUCUGUGGAGCUGGAUCUGUAACGGACCUAGUCAAAGCCACCAAAGGCAAUGCACUCAAAGAGGAAUGGAUUGCUUACAUAUGCAGGGAAAUUCUCAGGGGUCUGAGUCAUCUCCAUGCCAACCAUGUGAUACAUAGAGAUAUCAAAGGUCAGAAUGUCCUUCUCACAGAAGAUGCAGAGGUCAAACUAGUUGACUUUGGAGUUAGUGCACAGUUGGACAAGACAAUCGGUAGGAGAAACACAUUUAUCGGGACGCCAUAUUGGAUGGCCCCUGAAGUCAUCGCCUGCGAUGAGAACCCCGAUGCUACGUAUGAUAACAAGAGUGACUUGUGGUCACUCGGUAUUACAGCACUGGAGAUGGCCGAGGGUCAACCACCUUUAUGUGACAUGCAUCCUAUGAGAGCUCUCUUUCUCAUUCCGAGGAAUCCUAGACCAAAGCUAAAAUCAAAGAAAUGGAACAAAAAGUUCAUGGACUUUGUGGACAAAUGUUUGAUCAAGAAUUACCAGCAAAGACCGGAUACCAAUCAGCUGCUGAAACACUCCUUCAUUAAAGACCUUCCAAACGAAAGACAGGUCAGGAUUCAGCUGAAGGAUCACAUAGAUCGGACCAGAAAGAAGAGAGUUGAGGAUCUUAGUACUGAUUAUGAGUACAAUAGCAAUGACAGUGAAGAGGAACCAGAAAUAGAGGACGAAGGCGAGCCAAGUUCCAUCCUUCCUGGACCCAGUGAGUCGACACUCCGCAGGAACUUCCUGCGUAUUCAACAGCAGCAGCAGCAGGAGGAGGGAGGUAGAAGACGCCUGGAGGAUGGACCGUCUAAGUACCAACCCCCCGAUGCACUCCGUCCCAUUCCCAAUAGAGCCAGUCAACCUCCGUUGCCCCCCACGCCCUCUAGUAGAGAGCAGGCCAAGGCGCAGGCCAGGCUUAGUCAAGCUGUCGAGGGCGACACACCCCCUACCACGCCCAUUAUGGCGGUAAGGGGGCAGGUAGCCAAAGCUCAGACUCCACUAAUCAAUGAUCUGGCUGGGAAGCCACAGGUUGCUCAGUACAGCGAUGGGAAGAAAGGAUCCACAAGACCAGCCAGCUUCCAAGGACCAGCUAGAAAUCCGAUGGAUCUGGUUGCCUUGGCUGCUCAGCUGAGUGCAAUGGGAGGCGGCGGAAAGGUGGAUGAGGACGACGAUGAUGACGAGGAGGAGGAUGAUAUCGUAGGCGGCCCUGGCGGAGAUGGGACUAUCCCAGCCUCCGAUGCUCCAAGACCUUUACCUGGCACUCCUGGAUAUGAUGGUGACACAUUAGAAACAUUUGUUAUUAAAGAAGAUCCUAAUGCAAGUACAGACAGUGUUGAAAGCACAGAGAGCACCACAAGUUUCGUCCAGUCUAAGAAUGCACAACCUGGUUCAAGCAGAACACAGAUUGAUGUAGCACCAAACAGACAGUCACGGGGCGUGGUGCAGCCAGGAGGGCGGAGCACGCCCCCUCAAGGUCAAGGUAGACCUAGGUCAGGGUCACCCAGGGAUUCACCCCAUGCACAGAGGAAACAAGAAGCUCUAUCGCAAGGGGGCAAUAGAGGUAGCCCCUUGGGAAACAGAAGGAUUGCCAAAGAGCCUGUGAGACCGGGUAGUCUUGAGAUCAAUGCUGGUAGCAGUGAUGUUCUACCAGACCUACUUCCACAGCAGCAGAGUCCCAAGGGUGCGUCGUCAAAAUCUCAACAAGUCCCACAGGACAAGGCAUCAUCAGAAGAGUACCGACAGGCCAUACUUGCUGCAAAUGGCACAGGCAGUGGUCCAAAGACCCCAAUGCGGAAGCAGACAUCUUUCUCGGCGUUCGGCUUCGGGGCAAGUCCCACGACACCGAGCGUACCCUCACCUCCAAACCGUCGCGGAUCCAACAUCUCGGUCAACGUAAAACCAACAACGCCCGAGAGUCUGAAUGACAUGCCAGAAAUUAGGAAGUACAGGAAGAAGUUUAACUCAGAAAUACUAUGUGCUUCAUUAUGGGGUGUAAACUUAUUAAUUGGAACAGACAAUGGAUUAAUGUUACUAGAUAGAUCAGGAGAAGGCAAGGUUUAUCCUCUUAUCUCAAGAAAACGCUUCCAACAGAUGGAUGUCCUGGAGAGUCAGAACAUCCUAGUGUGUAUAGCAGGGAAGAAGAAUAAGCUAAGGACAUACUUCCUCUCAUGGCUGAAACAGAAGAUAGUGAGGAACGACGGAGAGGCUACAUUGAGUCAGCAACAGCAGACCAUGGAUAAGAGAAAGAGUGGUUUCCUUGCCGUCGGUGACCUCGAAGGUUGCAUCCAUUACAAGAUCAUCAAGUACGAGAAGAUCAAGUUCUUGGUGAUCGCCCUCAAAGACAGUAUCGAGAUCUAUGCCUGGGCUCCCAAACCGUACCACAAGUUCAUGGCCUUCAAGUCUUUCCCCAACCUGGUUCAUCGUCCAUUGAUUGUUGAUCUGACUGUGGAGGACAACCAGAGGUUAAAGGUCAUCUAUGGGUCAGUGAAUGGAUUCCAUGCUAUUGACCUGGAUUCAGCAUCGGUGCAAGAUAUCUACACACCACCUCAGGAGAUUGGCACUAUCACUCCUUACUGUGUAGUCAUCCUACCAAACUCACAAGGAAAAUACCUCUUACUUUGCUUCAACAAUGAAGGUGUAUUUGUAGAUACUCGAGGGGUUCCUUUCAAGGAUGUCAUCUUACAAUGGGGAGAGCUACCUGCUUCAGUUGCCUACAUCAGCACUGGUCAGAUAAUGGGCUGGGGGAACAAGGCCAUUGAGAUCAGAUCAGCAGAGACUGGACACCUUGACGGCGUAUUCAUGCACAAACGAAGCCAACAGCUACGUUUCCUCUGCGAGAGGAAUGAUAAGGUGUUUUUUGCGUCGAUACGGCCAUCCAACUCUCAAGUCUACUUCUUGACCUUACGAGCAGGCCUCGGUAACUGGUAGAUCCCCCCUCGAAGGACUGAACCAUGUACAGACGACCUACCAUAGGAACGAGACAUUCAGAGAAUCGGUUGAGAUCCGUCGACAAUCCACUUAAGAUUGUCUCUAUAUCCUCUUGGUUCGGUGCACUCCCAUUCAAACAAACACUGGCGUAAAUUCAAGCAGCGAAUCCAUCAUUUGGGGAGGGGGGUGUGAUAUUAUACUACGUCCGCCCCCCCUCCCCCCACUUGAAUAACGUGAUGUCGUGUAUCUGCACCCAGGCAAACCAAAAGUGAUGAAAUAUCUUAAAAUAAUUCUCUUCUUUCAAAUUAAAACCUAUAUAUUCAAUUAGCUGAAUUUUUCUAUUGGUUUUAUUUGCACAAUUUACACCAGUUUUAGGAGACCACUUCUAGUGAACCUAAUAUAGAGGGGGAUGAUCUUUUGUGUCAGCCCUCCCCCCCACUUGAAUAACAUGACAUCAUGUAUCUAUACCUUUGCAUACAAAAGUGAUUUAACAUGAAAACAAAAUAACUCUAUUUCAAAUUGAAACCUAUAUUCUAUUAGCUGAAUUUGUAUAUUGGUUCUGUUUGCACAGUUUUCACAUAUAUGAGUCAAUUCAAACAAAGUGAUUGAUCAUAAAAGAAAUAAGUUACCUGUGGCAAAGUGAAACCUAUAUAUUCUAUUAGCCGGAUUGUUGUACUGGUUUUGUUAGCUCAGUUCUCACCUCAUUCAGGUGUUUCACUUCAAGUGUUCAAAAUGUCAACCUCAAGUGUUUGAAUUAAAUGUUCACUUGUAUUUUUCUGCUCAACGACCAUGAAAUAUUUAAUUGUGGAAAUAUAUCUGUUUUAUACCGGUAACCUUUGAAUUCAUGCACCAUGGGACCAUUAUGCGUCCUGCUUAACUGGGAUAUGUAUAAAAUGAGGUUGAUGACUGUGUGAUAAUGGUAAUAAUAUUAAUAAUAUCAAUGAUGAUAAAAAGUUCUUGUACAGCGCAUAUCACAUUAUGAUAUAGCGUCCCUGUGCGCUUCCAAAGGACUUUGAUGGAUAAUGUUUCUACAAUGGUGCCAUCUGUAUCUACUACUAAAAGUAAAAUAUGUUCUAAGCAACCUUGGUCUUACCCUCUUGAUGAAUGGGAUAACAUCAUUUGUAUAUUUGGUAUUGUAUGCAUGGAUGAAGCCAAUGUCUAAUAUGAAGUUAAUGGGGAGGCAUAUAUCUCAUUGCUUUAUGUAUAGUGUCCAGUUAAUGUGAGAAUUUCAGACUCGUCAUUAUAUGCUAUUUAUAAUUAUUUAAUUAUUUUCCCUUAGUGAUAACUCGUACUCCAAACCGACUUGUGAUCUAUUCUCCUUGUUUUUGGUUCCAAUCCUGUCAAUUUAUGGUAAUGACUGGGUUUGGCGUAUCAUUGUGUAUACAGUAUAAGUCUGUAUCAAAGCAUACAUAUUCAUUAGGCCAUGAAUAUGCAAUUAACUGUUUGAAACCAGUUGGCUGUUAUAAUGUAUGACAGGUAAUGCCGAAAGAAAAUUUUUUUAUACCAUGGUCAAUUUUCAGUGGGAAAACAUAUUCCUAGUACGGGAGAAAUGAUGAAAAUCCAUCAUUAUCCAACUUGAUUGACACUAAACAAUCACUCUAUCAGAAGUCUCCGAUUGCUCAUAAAUACAGCAUAAAAACCUUGCCCUUAGCAAAGCAGAUGUUAUGUGCCCUGCAUGUCAAGUAAUAAUGCACCGGUGUGUUGGCUCAGUUGGUAGAGCAUCCGUCUCACAACUGGGAGGUCGGGGUUCAAACCUCGGCUGCGUCAGACCAAAAGACGUUGAAAGAUGGGAGUUGCUGCUACCCUGUUUGGCAUUUAACGAUUAAAGGGAUAGAGCCUCGUGGAUCUGGCGCUGCACAGCGGCUGCCGGGCCCACGAUCAAUUGGGCAAAGCAAAUUUUCAGAGUAUUUCAUCUCAUGUCUAUUUCGAACAAUAAAUUAUGAAUUUUCAUCAUUUUCAUCAUUUCAAUAAUUACCUGCCACACUCCCAUUUACCUAACCUGGGUUGAGUGCAGCACAAUAUGGAUGAAUUUCUUGCUGAAGGAAAAUUAACGCCUGGAGUAGGAUUUGAAUCCACGACCCUCUGAUUGAGAUGCGGGAGUCAGAACCACAACACCAUGACGCCUCCACCGAGUGAAGUAUACAGUGUACAGUGUAAAUCUCAUAUGAUCUUUAUCUCCAUUUACGACCCUGUUAGGUGCUUGGUCAGUAUACUAUCUAGUAUAAUACUUCCCAGUUGAUGGACAAUUUUGUACAUUGAGUGUGGGGAAGCCUGUAUGUGAUUACUGGGAGAAGCUUGCUUACAGCUAUCAUGUUAUCUUUUAAGUGCUGCAUGUUCAUAAAUGAUUGUUUUUUCUUUGUUCUUUUUUGUUUUUAACUCAAAGUACUAUUGUUUUCAUAUGAAGAAACACCAUUGCUUGCAGUGGCGGAUUCAGGGUUUUGAAAGUGAGGGCUGCAAAUUGCAAAUUUCAAACUUUCUGAGAUUUUGCUAUAUAAAGGGGGGGGGGGUGCACCCAUGCAACCUUGUCUGGAUCCGCCACUGGCUUGUGUAUUAAAUGAUAAUGAUGCUAGCUAGUAAAAGUUUUCAGAAUUUUGCUUGGAUACAAUAUGUUUUUUUCACUGUAUAGAGUCAGUAAAGUGUCUUUAUAUGAUGAAGAUAUACAUCUUCACACAUCAAAUGAGACAGGGUUUUCUGAAGCAAAUAACUCAACUUUGACGUAAAAACAGUAGAACUUUUGUAUAGUUGUUCAUGGGUUUUUAUGCCUCCGCCCAUUGUAAUGCCUGGGGUAUUCAUACGUCUGUCCUGUUUUUGUUCUCGCCAUAACUGAAGAACUGUUUGAUUUUAAACUUGAUUACAUGUAAGUAUGCAUAUGGAAGUGACCAUGACUAGUUGGGGGAUAUCAAAGUCAAAGGUCAAAGAUGUCAUAUCAUUCAUGUACAUUGAAAUGUCUUAUUCUCAUGAAACUGAGGGAUCAACUUGAAAUUAAACUCGUUCCUGAAUUCUUUAAUAUAGGAGGGUUGAUUUGAUGAUAAUGUGGAAGUUUUUUAAAUAAAUUUUGGAGUUAAGUGUGCAAUAGAUUUGAAAAUGGGGGAGGCAUAGAUUUCUAUUGUGCACAGUUGAUAAUCCAUCUAGUUCACUUUGGUUCAAACCCUCUUUUCAAAGGCAUUCAAUAAUAUAUAAUAAUCAAAGUUCUAUGCCUGCCCGUUCAUGCUCACAAGUUUGAUCAACAUUGACUUGACAUGGAUGGGGGGAUAAUGUCUCUUUCAUUUUGAAGUUGGCAAAUUGACGUUAUCAUGUAUAUGUGAAUUAAAUUGGGUAACUGGUGCUUGGAUAUUAUUAAGUUUUUUAAUUUUUAUUUCCUCUUAGUUUUCUAAUAUGAAAACAAGUUUGCUUGCCAUGUUAUGGGCCUUAUUUUUUUACUCUCUUAUUUUUAGAUAGCGUUUCCCUAAGUUUUAGAAAUCAUGUUUGUAAAAAGGCAUCAUAGAUUCCAUGUAUAUAAUGUAAUAAAGUAAACUAUAUGUAAUUCUAGUUAAACAAAUUAAGGUUUGGGAUAUUGCACUGUUUAAAUUAUUUCUUUUUACUUUUUUAGUCUUCUUUCCUAUGUACUAGCAGAAUUUAUGUUACUAGACCUGUUGUCCAUACAUUGCUAUCUAUUCUGUUUUCUCAACCUAGUAGACUACCUGAUAAGUAGACCACUUGCUUGUAGGCUAAGCGUAUAUAAUCCUGAAGAACUUGGCUGGUAGGCAAAAGCUGUUUACGUAAACCUCGUGUUCAAUCUAGCGGAGUUACUAGGCCAUUGGCAACCCUGGUUUGAAUGUUGAUUAGACCUGCUAAAGUUUUAAUCUACUUUCUGCCAUUUUAUUGCCAGAAUGGCUCCAUUGUAGGAAGCCUUCGAGCGACUUAAGCUGUUUUCCAUAGCAACCCCAAGUUUACGUGUAAAAGUGACAAUGAUGGUCAUGUUUUAGGCUACUAAAGAAGUCACAGAACAUGUGUAGUCAUGUACAUGUUUUUAUGAAGGCAAAGGAGAGCUGAAAUGUUGUAGUCCAACAUUUAAGUUUGUUUCAGAAUUCAUCAUUGUUUCUUCUUCAGGGUGAUAUAUAUACAUGAGUUACUUUUGUUCUCCAUUCGUUAAUGUGUCUUUUUAAUCACAGUAAGUAUAGGACUUUUAUCACUUUUCAUAAGUAUUUAUUGGAUAGUGUAGACUUUACAAGGCAUUAAUGAAUGUUGUAAUUAUUAUUUCUUGCAAGCAUGUAAACAUACUAAACCUUGAAUACGCUCCUCUACAGUAAUUGGGUUCAUAAGUUCACGUUUGGUCCAAUUUACUCUUUCUAUUCAGGAAAUUGCAUUAUUAAACAAUACUUCUCAUAAUGCCAUUAUUAUCUUGCUCCACAUGUUUGAGCAGGAUAAUUUUGCAGGAAAUGUUUUUUGCCUUCGUUGGUAAACUUGUCUGUAAAAACCCGAUUGAUUCAUCGAGUAGUGCAUAAUUGAGCUUGCAUUAAAAGGCCAAAUUGUCACUUUUCAAAAUUCACACAGCGGUAAUAUUUUUGGUCCCCAAAAACAGUAAAUAAUAGCAUUUUAACCUUUAUUUAUCAGGUGUUAAGAUAUAUAUAUCUGGUUGAAAAAUAUCUGAUUUCAUUUUUUAAUUAAAACUUUAUGGAAUUUGCAUUUCAAAAUGGUGCAAAGAUGAUCAGUUUUAGAAACCAAUAGCUUUGAAUAUCCCGAUGAAAAAGGAAUUCUUUUAUUCAUUCACUAUUUGUAAAAUAAUGAAUUCACCUUACUUCGCAGCCAUGUUUGUUUUUCUUUCUUUUAUACAUGUAAUUGCUAUGUUGCCUCUGUAUAGUAUCUCCCUUAUAUCCUGUGUACAUAUCUUGACCUUCUAAAUGGACUGUGAUAAGAAAUAUCUGAACUGUAAAUUAACAUAUGUGCAUUAAUUGACUUAAAAAAUAUAUCAUUUCAAUAUCUGGGGCAAUAUUUAUGUAUGCCACAUUUUUACAUAUGUUUUUUAUAGGAAAUUAAUCACAUGCUAGAAACGGGGGCUCAUCUUUGUCGGAUGGAAUUCAGAUUAAUAUCAGCUGAAUCACUUUUCAGUUUUGUAUAACUAUGUAUAGUUUGAAAAUUCAUAUUUUUUAUUUACGCUAUUUUUUCUGCUUUUAAUGCACUGCAUUUGUUAUUCGUGUAUUUUCUUUCUUCUUUUUCGUUGAUCAACUCUUAACAAGAAUGAUAUUUGUGGUGUUUCUUACUUUGGUAAAAAAUGGCAGUGUAUAUAGGACAGUCCAUAAAUAACUAUACUCUUGUUUGUGUAUUUAUGUAAUUAUGUAAUGUAUCAUGUACAAGUAUGCAUAUUUUAAAAUGUGUUGGAAAGAAAGUGUUCACUGGAGGAUGUGCAAAUGAUGAAAAAAAAACGAUAACUAAUUAAACUGACGUUUGACAUUUAUACAAGGCAA